AUGACGGCAGUGGCAACAGCAACAUUGGCGACGGUGGCGACAGCAGCAGCGACAACUGCCACAGCAGAGUGCAAGUCCACAGCGGCGUCUGGCGGUGGCACCGGCAACAACAACAGCGCUCCCAAUCACAACCACAUUGGCAGCAGCGUCACCAACGCCACCACCAACAGCAACGGCGGCAACAUUAACAUCAACAUCGGAGAAUCUGUGGCCGGACACAACCAUCAUCAUCACCACCAUCACCACAGGCAUCAUCAUUUGCUGGAAACGCCGGUCAGCAGCUCUGCGGGACUAGCAGCACAAGAAGCGGGAGCAACAGGAGCAACAAUAGCAGUGGCAACAACAUCACUUGGCAACCCCCCAGCAACAGCAUCAGUAGCUGCAGCUACAGCAGCAGCACUAGCAGCAACCAAUGUUGCCGGCUACGAGCGAUCGGAGCGCAUGGAACGAAGACCACCACUGCUGGGAGCACCACCGCCGCUGUCCGCGAUCAGCAACGGCAACGGACGAUCGGCGGCAGCGAUCGCUUAUCACUCGCUAAUGCCGAACUACUAUCCCAGCACGCGGCAGUUGCAUAUGCAUGGCCAUGCCCGAAGUCAUGCGCAUCCCCCGCAGAACGGGCAUCCCCACCCUCACCAGCAACAGCAACCGCACCCGCUACCGCCUCCCCAACAGCAUCCACAUCCCCAUCAGUACCAACUGCAGGCGCUAAGCCACUACCAUCAGCAACUUUAA